AAGUUUCCGCCAUAUUCAAAACCUCUCUUUUGCCAUCGAUUUGAAUUUCCCUUCCCCGCUUCAGAUAAAAAAAAAACAAACAAACACUUAGUUUUAGUAUUCGCCAUUAUUUGCAUCCCACCUUCUAGCUUUUAGGUUGCUUUUCUUUCUCAUACCGCCGAUCUUGUAAAUGGAGGAAACCGAAGAACCUCAGAUCCCGACUGGAGAGACGGAGAAUGACAGGCCGAGAAGAAGGGCCGGCUGUAAGAAAGAGAAGUCGUCUGUCAACUCCGAAUCAGCCUCCCCGGAAAACAGUAAUUCUAAGCGGCCUCCACUUCGAAGAGGAAGCUCUUUUACUUUCCUCACACCAGGGCCCCACUGGGAUUUUACUUUGAAACGAAAGAGACGAGAGAAAGAUGAUGAUGUCGUCAGUCUUUGCAGUUUUGAUUUUAAGGAACCAAGUAACAAGCGGGUUAGACCUCUUGGCAGGGUGACUUCGCUAGCUAAUUUAAUCUCUCCGGUGAGAAAUGGUGCAGUCAGGCGCUUCGGACAAACUAUCCAGUCCAUCUCUUUCCGAGGUGAUGGCAAAUCCCCCAGUGCCUCCCAGAAGUCCUGCAGUAAAGCUGCCGCCCCUACACCCCCGAAGAGGCGGAACAGUACGCUUUGGUCAGAGACGUUGGAUGUGAACAAGAAAGGAACGUUUUCUGCCAAGGAAAUCAAGAGACAAGAGGCUAUAUUUGAACUGUCUCGAGGGGAACAAGAUUUGAUCGAAGACCUCAACCUAGCCCGAAAGGCAUACCAUGAUCCUAUGCUGAAGCUGUCCAUUAUGUCAGAAGAGGAGUUGACGCAUAUCUUUGGAGAUCUGGAUUCAUACAUACCACUGCAUGAAGAUCUACAUGCACAGCUUGCAAGAGCAAAAGGUCCAGAUGGAACAGUGGGACAAAUUGGUCACAUUGUUGUGAACUGGUUGCCAGGGCUCAAUGCCUACAAAGACUACUGCAGCAACCAGCUGGCAGCAAAGGCCCUUUUGGACCAGAAGAAGCAGGACCGUCGAGUACAGGACUUCCUGCAGCGCUGCCUGGAGUCUCCUUUCAGCCGCAAGCUGGAUCUCUGGAGUUUCCUGGACAUCCCCCGCAGCCGGCUUGUCAAGUACCCUCUUCUCCUGAAAGAGAUCCUAAAGCACACUCCCCAGGAUCACCCUGAUGUACAGAGCCUAGAGGAGGCGAUUUCCAUAAUCCAAGGAGUUCUUUCAGACAUCAACAUCAAGAAGGGAGAAUCUGAAUGCCAGUAUUACAUUGACAAGCUGGAGUACCUGGAUGACAAGCAGAGGGAUCCUCACAUUGAGAAAUGCAGGACUUUGCUGUGCCACGGAGAGCUGAGGAACAAGAGUGGAACAAAACUGUACGUCUUCUUGUUCCAAGAGCUGCUGAUUUUGACGCGGCCUGUGACCAGGAACGAACGGCUCUGUUACCAAGUGUACCGGCAGCCCAUCCCGGUGCGGGACCUGGUCCUGGAGGACCUUCAGGACGGGGACGUCAGGAUGGGCGGCUCUUUCAGAGGAGCUUUCAGCAACUCAGACAAAGCUAAAAAUAUCUUCAGGGUGCGAUUUGCGGACCCGUCCCAUGGCCAGUCCCACACGCUGCAAGUCAAUGACGUCUUUCACAAGCAGCAGUGGCUUAACUGCAUCCGCACCGCCAUCGCGGCGCAGCAGCCUGCCCAGUCCCCUCAGAGGGACAGAGAGCUGCCGCUGCUCAGCGAGGAGCCGGAGGGGGUCUCGCCUCUGCCGGGGCCCGUGGCCAUGAAGAGGCGGUCCUCCACCCUCUCCGGCGUCGUCCACAUGGAGGCGGACGAAGACGCCACGGGCACUGCUCCUGCUCAGGACUCCCUGGAGGACGUCGAGAACGUCCAGGCCUCGGCUCACAAGACGCCGCCUGCGCGGAAAACGAGAAAGGAGAGGUUCCAUUCGUCAGGGAAAAGGAAGGAAACGCUGGUGUAAAUAAGCCAAAACGUGGCUUGAAAAGGACCUGUAUUUAUGAAUAUUUGUUUUCUAUGUAUAAUACAGCGUUAACGUUCAUCUGUUUUAUACUUUUUAUUUCAUUUUCUUAAUGGCAGCUACGUUCAAUAUAUUCAGCUGUACUGCAGAAGAAAGAAGUCUAACAGCUGAAUGCGAGAGGGUUGAGCGUCCUUUUUCGGAGAUGGUUUGAGAGAAUUUGUUGAUACUCCCUUUUGCCUCUACACUCCCAUUCUGAAUUGGCAUUAUGGUAAUUUUGAUUUUAGCGACUUUGUUCCUUUUUAAACGUUUUUAUAUAUGCCCAAACAAUUAUUGUUUUUUUACUAAAAUAAGCACUGUUUUAGUAUCAUGUCAGCCAUUAUAACAAUACCAAUUAUCUAAUAUUUGUAGAGAAAUAUGUUGUAGAUUUGUAAAGAAAUGCCAUUGUAAAUAGUCAAUAGUUAAUCUGAUCCUAAGGUAAGCAGUUUGUAAAGAAACAAUCCUAUUUUCUCAUUUUUGCAUUCCUUAUUGUACAGAUGUUAUCUUGCCCAAUAUUAUAUGUUUUCCAUAGUUUAUAUUCAUUGAAUUAAAUACAGUGCUUUUUUAAACAAUCACCAGUUUGUACCAAACUGGUAAUUGAGUUUUAAGAAUAGUAUUUUUAUGACAAAUAUAAACUGAGCCAAGUUGGUUUUGAGCUGACAUUUGUUUCGCUAAAAAAUGGAAUAAACCCUCCAGUAUAGCAUCUUGCAUGAGGAUUUUUGGUUGUUACUGCAAGCAUGUAAAUGCUGUUUAUAGCAUUGGACUACUGAAGAACAUGAAGGUGUAAUGUAAAUAUUUAAUGUUGAAGGGGGAACGUGUAUGUUGUAGAAGGUAUGAGAAGUGGAAACGCAAAGAGUUAUAAGGAUAUAUUGUUGCAGGUAAUGUUUGAACAAGUUAUUUGAGAUGAACUUAGGUUCGUACUGUAACUGUUAGAGCUACAAGAUAGUUUAACACCUGUGUGUGGUGAUUUUUUCUCUUAAUAAGAAAAAAGUCAUCAUGAGUUGGCAAAAAAAAAAUAUGAUGGUAAGCUUGUAUGUAGGGAAGGUGAGAAUUUUGAAGAAGGACUUGGUGUGUUCGAUGUUUAGAAGAAAAUAUGAGUUUAAUGUAGAAGAGGUUUUGAGUGGUGUACAGUGUUGGAUGUGAAACAAUAAAAAACUGUAAUAGAACUGA